CAAAGUUCAUAGCGACAUUAUUCACAAUAACCAAAAGUUGGAAACAACCCAAAUAUUCAUCAACAGAUAAACAAAGUGUGGUGUAUACAUACAAUGGAAUAUUAUUUAGCCUUAAAAAGAAAGGAAAUUCUGACCCAUGUCAAAACAUGGAUGAACCUUGAAGACGUUAUGCUAAGGGAAGUCAGCCAGUCACAAAAGGACAAAUAUGGUAUGAUUCCACUUGCAUGAAGUACCUAGAGUCAAAUUCGUAGAAACGGAAAGUAGAAUGAUAUUUACCAGGGGCUGGGAGGAGGGGAAGGUGGAGGGUUAUUUUUAAUACAUAUGGAGUUUCAGCUUCGGACAAUGAAAAAGUUCUGCAGAUGGAUGGUGGGGAUAGUUGUACAACAAUGUGAAUGUACUUGACGCCACUGAACUGUAUACUUAAAAAUGGCUCAAAUGGUGAAUUUUAUUUUAUGUAUAUUUUAUCACAAUGUAAAAGUGACUCAGCUGCCAAUGUACUAAAAUGGAACCAUCUCUAAGCUGUAUGUCAUUGAAAAAAGAUUGAUUCAGAAGUGGGGGCUCCACAUAAGAAAAUGUGGUUGUGUGUACAUGAAGUAUCUCUGAAAGGAACCGAUAACAACCAAAACCUGGUUGUCUCUGAAGCAGUGUUUGGGGUGGCUGGGUGUCAAAGUGGGAAGGAGACUUACUUUUCAUUUUAUGCCUUUUUGCACAUCUUGAAUUUUGUACCAUAUACACUACCCAUCCAAAUAAAUUGUCGGUAUUUUUAGUGUGUCCCAUCCUGAGUGGUCCUCUCGGGAGGCUGAACUCUCCCUCCAGCGGUGCUGCCCAGCUCACAGCAUGUUUUGGAGUGCUCCUCUUUCACCUGCCUUCCAAGCCUCGGGGUGUUGAUUUGCAGCCCUCCAUGGUAGCAAAUCCUCAGGGGUGGAACUGAAUUUUGAAAACAGUCCCAAGUGGUUCGGGGCCAAGUCUGGUGGUUGUUGAUUUUGACUAGAGAAUAGAUGGCAUGAUUUAUUUGUCUUCUGCCUCAUUUCACCAAGGAACUGAGGCCUUGGGCUGGUCCAAAGGCCAAUUUCCUUAUGUGGUCUGGAGAUCAUUCACAGAGAAGAGCUCCAGAAAUGUUGUCCCAGUAGCAUCAUAGAAAUAGGUGUAGAGUCCCCUUCAGGAAGAUUAAUCUGGUUCUUUGGGCUGUAAGUGAUCAAAGCAAUACCAAGUGCCUUAAAUUAAAAAAAAAAAAAAAAACAAAAAACGGAAAGUUUGUUGGCCCAAGGCCAGGAAGGACAGUGUGGGAGCUCAACUCACAAAGUUGAGGGAAGCACUGCAGGAACCAAGGGGCUGGCCUGCUCCUCCUCUCCAGCCUCCUCUGCUUCUUACAUAUUGACCUCUCUUUCUUCCUACUCCCCCAGGGGGCAGGAAACAUGGCUUCCACAGGUUCCAGUUGAAGAAUCCCAGUUCCACCUAUAAAUUCCAGGGAAGGUCUCUGAUUGGCCCUGCUCAUGCCCAGGCCCAUUCCUUGACCCAGUCACUGAAGUCAGGGAGAUGCAGUAAUAAGACUGGCUGGAAUCAGGGUCUUUAGGGGUGGAGGGAUGGGGAGGAGGCACAGCAUGUCAUCAAAAUAAGGAAAUUGCAAAAGAAAGCUUGCAGGCUACUUUGAAUGACGAUGAGAAAGACGGUGCUGCCUGAGUGUGUUAAGGAUCCACAUGGUCUCCAAAAUCCUCCAGGAGCGUACAGUCUAGUCUGGGAGAUGAGACACAAAAAUAACCAGAACACAACAGCUUGCACUGACUCGAGGGCUGGAUAAGAAUAUCUGGAACUCCCCCAUCUAUUUCAGAAGCUUGUCUCUUGGAUGAAAAUUAGACACUUAAUGGGAAAGGGCUUUGAAAAGAGUGCAGUAACAAAGCCCCCUUUACAAUUUACCCGGCACAUUCACACCCAUCCUGAGGCCAAAGCCACAGGCUGUGAGGUCUCACUGUCUCAGCUUCCUGAGCUAUAAAAUGGGAAUGAUGCUAGUCUCUACCUCCUAGGGUUGGAGAAUUGGGGGUCAUGGGUGUGAAGUGCUCAGCAGCUUGGCCCACACUAGGUGGUCACUACAUGUAAGGUAUUAUUGUUGCUACAUACAUUAGUAGGGCCUGGGCCUCUUUAAACCUUUAUAGGGUAGCAUGGCAAGGCUAACCAUCCUCACUUUAUAUCUGACAAGCUGGGGCUCAGAGAGGACAUGCCUGAGCUGGGGCUCAGACAAGGACACACCUACUAGUAACCCCUCCAGCUGGUGAUGGCAGGUCUAGGGUAGGACCAGUGACUGGCUCCUAAUCGAGCACUCUAUUUUCAGGGUUUGCAUUCCAAAAGGGUCAGGUCCAAGAGGGGCCUGGAGUGCCAAGUGGAGGUGUAGAGGCACGGCCAGUGCCCAUGGAGAAUGGUGGAUGUCCUUAGGGGUUAGCAAGUGCCCUGUGCUAAGGAGGGGGCUUUGGAGGUUGGGCAGGCCCUCUGUGGGGCUCCAUUUUUGUGGGGGUGGGGGCUGGAGCAUUAUAGGGGGUGGGAAGUGAUUGGGGCUGUCACCCUAGCCUUCCUUAUCUGACGCCCACCCAUGCCUCCUCAGGUACCCCCUGCCCCCCACAGCUCCUCUCCUGUGCCUUGUUUCCCAGCCAUGCGUUCUCCUCUAUAAAUACCCGCUCUGGUAUUUGGGGUUGGCAGCUGUUGCUGCCAGGGAGAUGGUUGGGUUGACAUGCGGCUCCUGACAAAACACAAACCCCUGGCGUGUGUGGGCGUGGGUGGUGUGAGUAGGGGGAUGAAUCAGGGAGGGGGUGGGGGACCCAGGGGGCAGGAGCCACACAAAGUCUAUGCGGGGGUGGGAGCGCACAUAGCAAUUGGAAACUGAAAGCUUAUCAGACCCUUUCUGGAAAUCAGCCCAUUGUUUAUAAACUUGAGGCCCCACCCUCGACAGUACGGGGGAGGAAGAGGGCCUGCACUAGUCCAGAGGGAAACUGAGGCUCAGGGCUAGCUCGCCCAUAGACAUACAUGGCAGGCAGGCUUUGGCCAGGAUCCCUCCGCCUGCCAGGCGUCUCCCUGCCCUCCCUUCCUGCCUAGAGACCCCCACCCUCAAGCCUGGCUGGUCUUUGCCUGAGACCCAAACCUCUUCGACUUCAAGAGAAUAUUUAGGAACAAGGUGGUUUAGGGCCUUUCCUGGGAACAGGCCUUGACCCUUUAAGAAAUGACCCAAAGUCUCUCCUUGACCAAAAAGGGGACCCUCAAACUAAAGGGAAGCCUCUCUUCUGCUGUCUCCCCUGACCCCACUCCCCACCCCCCGCCCAGGACGAGGAGAUAACCAGGGCUGAAAGAGGCCCGCCUGGGGGCUGCAGACAUGCCUGCUGCCUGCCCUGGUGAAGGAUUGGCAGGCUUGCCUGUCACAGGACCCCCGCUGGCUGACUCAGGGGCGCAGGCCUCUUGCGGGGGAGCUGGCCUCCCCGCCCCCACGGCCACGGGCCGCCCUUUCCUGGCAGGACAACGGGAUCUUGCAGCUGUCAGGGGAGGGGAGGCGGGGGCUGAUGUCAGGAGGGAUACAAAUAGUGCCGACGGCUGGGGGCCCUGUCUCCCCUCGCCGCAUCCACUCUCCGGCCGGCCGCCUGCCCGCCGCCUCCUCCGUGCGCCCGCCAGCCUCGCCCGCGCCGUCACCAUGAGCCAGGCCUACUCGUCCAGCCAGCGCGUGUCCUCCUACCGCCGCACCUUCGGCGGGGCCCCGGGCUUCCCGCUCGGCUCCCCGCUGAGCUCGCCCGUGUUCCCGCGGGCGGGUUUCGGCUCUAAGGGCUCCUCCAGCUCGGUGACGUCCCGCGUGUACCAGGUGUCGCGCACGUCGGGCGGGGCCGGGGGCCUGGGGUCGCUGCGGGCCAGCCGGCUGGGGACCACCCGCACGCCCUCCUCCUACGGCGCAGGCGAGCUGCUGGACUUCUCACUGGCCGACGCGGUGAACCAGGAGUUUCUGACCACGCGCACCAACGAGAAGGUGGAGCUGCAGGAGCUCAACGACCGCUUCGCCAACUACAUCGAGAAGGUGCGCUUCCUGGAGCAGCAGAACGCGGCGCUCGCCGCCGAAGUGAACCGGCUCAAGGGCCGCGAGCCGACGCGAGUGGCCGAGCUCUACGAGGAGGAGCUGCGGGAGCUGCGGCGCCAGGUGGAGGUGCUCACUAACCAGCGCGCGCGCGUCGACGUCGAGCGCGACAACCUGCUCGACGACCUGCAGCGGCUCAAGGCCAAGCUGCAGGAGGAGAUUCAGUUGAAGGAAGAAGCAGAGAACAAUUUGGCUGCCUUCCGAGCGGACGUGGAUGCAGCUACUCUAGCUCGCAUUGACCUGGAGCGCAGAAUUGAAUCUCUCAACGAGGAGAUCGCGUUCCUUAAGAAAGUGCACGAAGAGGAGAUCCGUGAGUUGCAGGCUCAGCUUCAGGAACAGCAGGUCCAGGUGGAGAUGGACAUGUCUAAGCCAGACCUCACUGCCGCCCUCAGGGACAUCCGGGCUCAGUAUGAGACCAUCGCGGCUAAGAACAUUUCUGAAGCUGAGGAGUGGUACAAGUCGAAGGUGUCAGACCUGACCCAGGCAGCCAACAAGAACAACGACGCCCUGCGCCAGGCCAAGCAGGAGAUGAUGGAAUACCGACACCAGAUCCAGUCCUACACCUGCGAGAUUGACGCCCUCAAGGGCACUAACGAUUCCCUGAUGAGGCAGAUGCGGGAAUUGGAGGACCGAUUUGCCAGUGAGGCCAGUGGCUACCAGGACAACAUUGCGCGCCUGGAGGAGGAAAUCCGGCACCUCAAGGAUGAGAUGGCCCGCCAUCUGCGCGAGUACCAGGACCUGCUCAACGUGAAGAUGGCCCUGGAUGUGGAGAUUGCCACCUACCGGAAGCUGCUGGAGGGAGAGGAGAGCCGGAUCAAUCUCCCCAUCCAGACCUACUCUGCCCUCAACUUCCGAGAAACCAGCCCUGAGCAAAGGGGUUCUGAGGUCCAUACCAAGAAGACGGUGAUGAUCAAGACCAUCGAGACACGGGAUGGGGAGGUCGUCAGUGAGGCCACACAGCAGCAGCAUGAAGUGCUCUAAAGACAGAGACCCUCUGCCACCAGAGACCGUCCUCACCCCUGUCCUCACUGCUCCCUGAAGCCAGCCUUCUUCCAUCCCAGGACACCACACCCAGCCUCAGUCCUCCCCUCACAGCCUCUGACCCCUCCUCACUGGCCAUCCCUCGUGGUCCCCAUCAGCGACAUAGCCCAUCCCUGCCUGGUCACAGGGCAUGCCCCGGCCACCUCUGCGGACCCCAGCUGUGAGCCUUGGCUGUUGGCAGUGAGUGAGCCUGGCUCUUGCGCUGGAUGGAGCCCAGGCGGGAGCGGUGGCCCUGUCCCUCCCACCUCUGUGACCUCAGGCACUAGCCUUUGGCUCUGGAGACAGCCCCAGAGCAGGGUGUUGGGAUACUGCAGGGCCAGGACUGAGCCCCGCAGACCUCCCCAGCCCCCAGCCCAGGAGAGAGAAAGCCAGGCAGGUAGCCAGGGGGACUAGCCCCUGUGGAGACUGGGGGGCUUGAAAUUGUCCCCGUGGUCUCUUACUUUCCUUUCCCCAGCCCAGGGUGGAUUUAGAAAGCAGGGGCUACAAGAGGGAAUCCCGGAAGGUGCUGGAGGUGGGAGCAGGAGAUUGAGAAGGAGAGAAAGUGGGUGAGAUGCUGGAGAAGAGAGGAGAGGAGAGAGGCAGAGAGCGGUCUCAGGCUGGUGGGAGGGGCGCCCACCUCCCCACGCCCUCCCCUCCCCCGCUGCAGGGGCUCUGGAGAGAAACAAUAAAGAGAUUCGCACGCAA